AAGCCCACAUCACAGGCUAAUGCAGCUUCCCACCAUGCCAUUAAUCUCCGUCUGUGAACCGUCUGACCGUCAGCCAGGUUGCCUUCAUCACCCGAAGGACUCCGCGUCGGACCGGCUGGAUCUCAUCUCUGGUUGUCUGCAGUAACGGGAUGAAACCGACACAGUGAUAAAAGGAGCAUCUCCUCCACGUCCUCCUUUUUUUUUUACCUCCAGAAGCGGAGCUCGGCUUUCACUCUCCUCCGGCGGAGAUAUGAGGAAUCCACUGGCAGAUUUAGCCCUGACACUCUGGCUAUUUCUAGAGUGUGUAGAAGCCAAAAAGUACUGCUGGUAUUUUGAGGGUGGAUACCCCAUCUACUUCAUAUGUCGCUCCUAUGAGGACUGCUGUGGGACUCGCUGCUGUGUGAGAGCCCUGUCCAUCCAGAGACUAUGGUACUUCUGGGUGCUGCUGAUGAUGGGAGUGUUGUUCUGCUGCGGUGCUGGCUUCUUCAUCCGCAGAAGGAUGUAUCCGUCCCCUCUGAGAGACGAGCCAGCCUUCAACGUCUCCUUCACCAGGCACCCUGUCACCACACCAGUUUCCCAGCAGCCAGGAAGUAUGCAGGGCUUCGGCGUCAACGGGAUGACAGGUGGCGACGCGGGUGUUACCAUGACACACCCCAUGUUCCCGGCACAGCCUGGCUCUGCCCAUAUGAUGAUGGGUUCCUAUCCUCCACCUCCGUCUUACUGCAACCACCCGCCACCGCCCUAUGAACAAAUAUUCCACAACAGUGACAAGAAGUAAUUUCCGCUAAGAGCUUAAGAAAUGGAACUUGACAAGAAAGAUGAAAAGAAGGCUUAUCAAGAAGUGUUCAUUCAGAUGAAGCUGAGGAAGAGGAAACCCUGCCAUUUGUUUGCAACUUAACUGUUUGUGGAUGUAAGACUUGGAAAACAAUGACACACAAUCUGUUGUCCUGUGGAAAAGACAAAAACCAGGCACAGUAACCAGAAUCUAGAUGCACAGACACACACUCAUUCAUUCACUCACACACACACACACACACACACACACACACUGCUUCAUCUGGAGUGCUUCUUUUACUCUUGAUUUCUGUGGAUCUAUGUGUACAGUGACCGUGCCAGCCUUGUUAGACUGAGGACUGAGGACGAGCGAGGAUGGACCUGUUCAGGUGGAGGUGUUGGAUUCACUCACUGUCACCUGUCUCCUCCACCCUCCCAAUGCAACUACAGAUAGAACUGUGCACAAUGUAACAGAAAAUGUCUUUCGGGCUCAUAAUGUAUUAAAAUGCUGGAUACUUUUUGGUGGACAUUGGUGGAAAUAUUUUCAGCUUGAAUAGCCCAAGAAUAGAAUUAUUUAAAAAAACAAACAUUUUGAAACACAUUAAAAUGAUUUCAAGGAUGACACUAACUGCUUUUCUAUCCAGCAUUUUACUGCAACAUGGGCUCUUUACUAAAUGAUGAGUUCUUGAUACAUUUUUUAUCACAGUAUGUGUAGAACGGUUAUGUAAUGACAUAUUGAGCUGCUACAGCAGUCACCGGCUCAUUCUCCUCUCCUGUUAGAGCAAUGAAGGCUUCAGUUCACAGGAUGAUACCAUGAAUCAGGAAUGAACAGAGUGGCUGUUGCUGUGCUCAUGUUCUAGUGUCAUAUGGCCAUUCUUGCUGCUGCUGUUUGACUGGCAGGUGGGACAUGACUGGCACUUUACAGACAUGAUGUGACAUUGGUGAAAGGACAUGUUGCCAUAAAUAAAUACAGUGCUGCUUGAAAAUUUGUGAACCCCUCUGCUCUAUUUCUGCAUAAAUAUGACCUAA